CGCAGUUUCUCGGGCGGUUCGUCCUUGGCCCAGAUUACCCGAGACAGACCCGAGACAGAUCCGAGACAGAUGCAGAUAAGGACCGACAGUGCCUGCUCUGGCCCUGGCUGUGACCAUGCCUCUUCGGGACAAGAACUCUUUGUCCAGGGACGGCCCUCCAGCGAUGCCCGUCGUCAUCAUCGGUAACGGCCCUUCAGGGAUCUGCCUGUCUCAUCUCCUGAGCGGGUACACGCCCUAUCUAGAUGCAGCGCUCGUGCACCCCAACCCCGUCCUUUAUCACAAACUACAGGAGGCUAAGCACCUGCCCAUCACGGAGCAGGACCUGCAGUACUUGUGUGAAGGUUUAGAGGGCCGCUCUGGGAACCCGGUGGCUGUGCUCUACGACACACUCCUUCACCCAGAUGCUGACCGGGGCUUUGAGUUUCCGUCUGUGCUGCAGUGGAGACUGGACAAACGGCACCACAUACCCCACCUGAUCCUGGGAAAGAGCGCCCCAGGUGGGGCGUGGCACGCAAUGGAAGGUUCUAUGCUGACCAUUAGUCUGGGGAUUUGGAUGGAGCUCCCAGGGGUGAGCUACAGGGACGUCAACCCAGCCAAGCGGAGGGCUGCAUCUAGUAACCGGGCCAGUCCAGAGGAGAUCGUCUCUUAUUAUCAGAAUUAUGUCACUCUCAUGGGUCUCCAGAGGAACUUUGUGGAGAACACCUACGUCACAUCUGUUCAGAGACUUCACCGAGGCGACGGGGAGGACAGAUGGGAGAGGAGGGGUGAAGGUACGAGGGAGAGUGCUGUUUCUCAGGGGCUUUGGGAGGUCAGGGGCUACCAGCAGCUCCAGGGCGAGACCCACGUGCCUUUCAGCCUCUUUGCGGAGAACGUUGUCUUAGCCACCGGAGCUUCUGACUCGCCAGCUCGACUGGGCGUGGAAGGGGAGGAGCUUCCCUACGUGUUCCACAGCGUGCGCGACCUCGGCGCGGCCGUCAGCCAGCGCGGAAAGUCAGGCCCCGCAUCCGACCCCGUGCUCGUGGUGGGGGCGGGCCUCAGCGCGGCUGACGCCAUCCUGUGCGCCUGCGACCAUAGCAUCUCGGUGCUGCACGCCUUUCGCAAGCGAGCUGACGACCCCAGCCUCAUUUUCAAGCAGCUCCCAAAGGCGCUCUACCCAGAGUACCACAGGGUCUACCACAUGAUGUGCUCUCAGACCCACCUGCCAGCUCCGGUAACCAACCGUGGCGCCAAUCCCACCGUUCCUUCUGCUUCCUCGGCGCUGCUCCCAGACUACACCAGCUUCCCGGAACACUGUGUCCUGUCCUUCCAUCCUGACAUGAGCUGCGUACUGCGCGGGUCCAACGGCGUCCUGAGAGCUGUCAAAGUCUCCAUGGUGUUGGUCCUGAUCGGGACCUACCCAGACCUGUUCUUCAUAAAGGAGAAAGGACAGUACUUGGGUUUGGACUCCAGUAGACCCAUCUCCUGCAAGCACAACCCCGUGGACAUAAACCCCUAUACAUUCGAGUGCCGCGCAGAGCCAGGCCUGUUCGCCAUGGGGCCCCUGGUGGGGGACAACUUUGUGCGCUUCCUGAAGGGAGGUGCUUUGGGAAUCGCAAGCUGUCUGCUGAAGAGAUUGAAGAAGAUGGAGAAGAAACUUAUCGAGGAUGGAGGAGGUGGGCAGGGUGGCAGCCCGGGGGGAUUCGUCUGAGAACGUUCUGGAAGGUAUUGAAAGGAGACGGCAAAUUUUGUUUACAUGUACGCAGUGGACUUUUCCAUGUUUGGAUGCGUCUGUUAAACUCUACGACUUUGAUAGCAUUUUUAAAACGAGUGACGUUCUGCAGAAGAAUAAAAGGCAGGAAUAUAAGCAGCAUCUGUUCCUGCUCUUUGAAACGGUAGCAGAGCUUACAGGGAUAAUGUGUCUAUAUUUCAGUGUCUCAUCUAUGGUUUCUAGACGGUUUUCUAGAUGUAGUAAAAAAUGGUACAAUGCCUCUUAAAAAUGUUUUCAGACUAAAUAGAAGCUCUAGACUCAUCUCAGAAAAACACUGCGGUGAGCUGUGCAGGUUACAAUAAAAGUGGCUGAUCUGGAAAUGCCAAAUUCCUUCUCUUUCUGGAGAAGGGAUUACAUAACUGGCAACCCGACCACUUGCAUCAGCAGUGGCCAGCUCAGCUCUGUGGAGCGUAUGCCGACUGGCUGAGAUUAUGGUCAGAUUUAGCGUUUCCUCUCGGUCUGAAGCCUUGUGUGUUGUGGCAGUAAACCUGUAUAUCCAAACACACGUGUCAUCGCAGCUCGGUUCUUCUGCCCUGGAGUCUUGCCACACCUCCUCGUUCUUGCCCUUAGCAUAUCUACUGCUAACCCAGGCAUGAGCACAGAAGGCUGCAAGCUACGGCUGAUACAUGAAUACUAACUAAAUAUUUAACUGUCCCAAUCAUUUCUCACAAGCUUCCAUAUUAAUGUGCACAAAUCUAUUAAAUUCUUAUAAUUUAUAUGCAAAGGGGAUGCGUAUUGAAACAAAAAACGAAUCACAGUUGACUCUCGAACCAAAGCUGUAGCCCACCGAUGGCUCACCGAUUGUCACGUGACAUGUACAUGGUACACAAGUGCUCCAGUUAUUUCAGUCUUCAGUGCCACUAAUGGUUAUGCUUGCAAACCAGUUUCUGCCUAAUGCCUCUUUGUAUAGCCAAACGACCAUUUAACCAAAGCUGGGCUGGGGCAUCUUCCUCUGCAUGUUGUUACAGCAGAUAAGGGCUGUAGCACAAAAGCAUUUGGAUACAGGAAGAGUUGUGCCAAAAUAAACCUGAAUAAAUUAACUGCAUUUUAGUAGACUCAUAAGAAAAUGGGACAAAUAGUAAACAGGUCCGUGAGACGUGAACGAGGAGAGUUAAAUUCCUGACAGCUGUUCUAAAUGUGACUGGAAUUUGAGUUUUAGACAACUUGGACAUGUUGAACCACUUGACCUUGUGAAAAAAGAAAACAAGGUUUCAACGUGUUUUUUUAUUCACUAUUUUUAUUAUGGACAAAUAAAACUUUUUAAAACUUUUGUUACAUUGUUUUCCAUCGGUGACUGUAAUAAACCUAUUCAAUAAGCAGAAUUUCCAUUCAGUUCUAUGAAUUUGUAAUGAAGAACUAGAUAGGAAUAUGGAUGUGAUGAAGUCUUUUUACAAGUUUAGCAGAAUGCUGAUAGUUUAGCAAGCAACUUGAUGUUUGAAAAGGUUUUUGGUUUUUUUUGAGGGGGAUGAAUUUCACAAGUCUUCUAUAGUGUUCAAUUAGAGUGUUUCAAGCCUGAACUUUAGUUUCCAGCCGAAAAACAUUAUAUUUGGAAAAGCUGACAAAACAAACCCAGUUCAUGGAACUUAUCAGAUGUUUCCUCCACAUCAUCUCUUGGGUGUGAAUUUCCUAACACUGGUGCAUUUGAAAAGUGACAACUUACAACAGUCAAAACAGAUGAACCAUGUGAGCAGAGGGAGUGGGAACUCUGUAAAGAUGUGUGAAAUGUAAACUUUUGCCAAGCUCGUAUCUUAACAAGAACACA